AUGAAAUAUUGUGAUACACCCCAAGAUCUUCUAACGCGCAUGUCUCCUGUUGAGAUGGCUGCCGCUAUUCAUGCUUUCAUCUGUGCCAAAGGUUGCUAAGGACUGUCUUGUCAGCCCACAGUCUGCAGCAUUUGCGUCAUUUGCUUCAAACGCACAUGCGUGAUACCGUAAUGCACGCCUCAAAUGAACAGCCCACGCAGCAGUUGGGACGCACUAACCGCAGAGCUUUUCCAGAACAAAAAAGACAUCGGUCAGGUCCGGGAACCGGGCGUUUCUCGCUGGGUGGAUGGCCACGAAUUGGCAGGAUUGUCCGUGACGAGGUCGCAAUGCAUGUGGCCGGGCCGCGAAGUACGCUUGGAUCCGCUGCUGACAGAAAGGAUGCAGCUGGAGGAUGCCGAAACGAAGGAUCAAGAGCUUCUUGAAGAGGGACCAUCAACUUCACCGGAAGCCUACGCCUUCGAGGUUGACGACGGUCAAGAAAAUCAGGAGGAGUCGCCGCAUGCAAUUCCUUGGCAGCGCUUUGCAGUGAAAGCUGUUUUCACCUUGAUAGGGUUUCUGAUCAUCGCAGUCCUGCUGGAAGUCUAUGCGAAGGACGGAGUCACCCACUUUUCCAAGCAGCUCAUGGACUCCAUUGGGUUGCCUGGGCUGUUCAUUGCAGUCCUCCUCGGUGAUGGUUUGCCUCAGCCUUUCCCAUACGUGCCAUUGAUCUUCAUCGCAGUGAAGGCGCAAGUGCCGAAGGUCCAAGUUUUUGGGGUUUGCGCCCUCGGCUCCUACCUGGCCGCGCUGGGAGGUUAUGGUGUAGGUUUCAGCCUGUCGAAGGUUUCGUGUUACCAGCAGGGUUUGCAACGCUUGUCCGAAUCACAGCCGUGGCUGCCCGACUUGAUGCAUCGAAAGGGUGCCUUGGGUGUGGCCAUUGCCGCUUUGAUGCCAGUGCCAUUGGCUUUAGCCACCUGGACAGCCGGUUCGUUUCGCGUCAACUUCUUCCAAUUCCUACUUUCAGCGGGGUGCCGCAUGCCCAAAAUCCUUAUCUUUGUUAUUUUGAGCGAUCCUCAACCAUUUUAAAUAGGAUAUCAAUAGUAUAAAUA